CUCUCUCUCUCUCUCUUCCUCUCUCUUCUGUGGCGAUAGGUUUGGUGGGUUGUGGUUGGAGAGAGAGAGAGAGAGAGAGAGAGAGAGGGAGAAGACUCCUCUGCAACUCUGCAACUCUCCUCUCCCUCCGGAAACCGGCGACGACCCAUUAUUCAACGCCCCCAUUCACGAUCUGGGUCCCGGUUACUUUCCCCCGAGCGCCUCGUUGCCGGUCGCCACCCUCCGGCGAAGACCCCAUCGCCGCCGCCGCCGCCUUCGGUUCCCGUCGGACUGUUGUGGGGGCCGGCCCGUUUGAUCGGACAUGGACCGCCCCAGUGCCUCAUCGGAGCCCGCCGCGGAGCUGGCCGCCCUUCUCCUCGCGAACAAGGAGCUGGCGAUGAUCCUGACCACCUCCCUCGCGGUCUUGAUCGGGUGCGUCGUGGUGUUCUUCUGGCGCCGAUCCGGCGGCCAGAAGCCGAGAUCCUUCGAGCCGCCCAAGCCCCUGAUUGUCAAGGAGCCCGAGCCCGAGAUUGACGACGGUAAAAAGAAAGUCACCAUCUUUUUCGGUACCCAGACUGGUACGGCCGAAGGUUUCGCUAAGGCAAUGGCUGAAGAAGCUAAAGCUAGAUAUGAUAAGGCGGCGUUUAAAGUUGUUGACAUGGAUGAUUACGCCGCCGAUGAUGAGGAGUAUGAGGAAAAGCUGAAGAAGGAGACUCUGGCCAUUUUCUUUCUGGCCACAUACGGAGAUGGUGAGCCAACUGAUAAUGCAGCAAGGUUCUUUAAGUGGUUUACAGAGGGAAAAGAGAGAGGAGAAUGGCUUCAAAACCUGCAAUAUGGAGUGUUUGGCCUUGGCAACAGGCAGUAUGAGCAUUUUAACAAGGUUGCCAAGGUGGUUGAUGAUGCCCUUGUUGAGCAAGGUGCGAAGCGUCUCGUGCCAGUGGGUCUUGGGGAUGAUGAUCAAUGCAUCGAGGAUGACUUCAGUGCAUGGCGGGAGUUGGUGUGGCCGGAGUUGGAUAAUUUGCUACGGGAUGAGGAUGAUGCUCCAAGUGCUUCUACUCCUUAUACUGCUGCUGUAUUGGAAUAUAGGGUUGUGUAUCAGGACCCUAUGGAUACACCGGCUCUGGAGAAAAGCUUAAGCAGUGCCAAUGGUAAUGCCGUUAUUGAUGCUCAACACCCAUGCAGGGCUAAUGUUGCCCUAAGGAGAGAACUCCACACUCCCGAAUCUGAUCGAUCCUGCAUUCAUUUGGAAUUUGACAUUGCCGGGACUGGAGUUGCAUAUGAGACUGGGGAUCAUGUUGGUGUUUACUGUGAGAAUCUAAUGGAAACUGUUGAUGAAGCAUUGAAUUUAUUGGGUGUGCCACCAGAGACUUAUUUCUCCAUCCACACCGAUAAGGAGGAUGGUACGCCAUUGAGUGGUGGCUCAUUGCCUCCUCCAUUCCCACCAUGUACAUUGAGAACAGCCUUAUCUAAAUAUGCAGAUCUCUUGAAUUCACCGAAAAAGUCUGCUUUGCUUGCAUUAGCAGCUCAUGCUUCUGAUCCAAAUGAGGCUGAUCGACUGAGAUAUCUCGCAUCGCCCACUGGAAAGGAUGAAUAUGCACAAUGGGUAGUCGCAAGCCAAAGAAGCCUCCUUGAAGUCAUGGCCGAGUUCCCUUCUGCAAAACCGCCCCUUGGUGUCUUCUUUGCAGGAGUCGCUCCGCGGCUGCAACCCAGAUUUUACUCAAUCUCCUCCUCUCCUAGGAUGGUGCCCUCUAGAAUUCAUGUUACCUGUGCACUAGUUUAUGGAGAAACACCAACUGGAAGGACUCACAAAGGAGUUUGUUCAACUUGGAUGAAGAAUGCUGUGCCAUUGGAUGAGAGUGAUCAAUGCAGUUGGGCUCCUAUUUUUGUGAGGCAAUCGAACUUCAAACUUCCUACAGAUUCUAAAGUACCCAUUAUCAUGAUUGGGCCAGGCACUGGGUUAGCACCUUUUAGGGGUUUCCUACAGGAAAGGUUAGCUCUGAAAGAAGCUGGAGUGGAACUUGGACCAUCUAUACUAUUUUUCGGGUGCAGAAACCGCAGACUGGAUUUCAUUUAUGAAGACGAACUGAACAACUUUGUUAAAGCUGGUGCACUGUCUGAGCUUCUUCUAGCCUUCUCGCGUGAGGGACCAACCAAGGAAUACGUGCAACACAAAAUGUUAGAGAAGGCUUCAGAUGUUUGGAAAAUAAUCUCCGAGGGAGGCUACUUAUAUGUUUGUGGUGAUGCCAAAGGCAUGGCUAGGGACGUUCACAGAACUUUGCACACGAUUGUUCAAGAGCAGGGAUCUCUUGACAGCUCAAAAACCGAGAGUAUGGUGAAAAAUUUGCAAAUGAACGGUAGGUAUCUGCGUGACGUGUGGUGACACGCGCACCUCCUCUGUAAAACCAUUUUGAAGAGAGGGGGACAGAGAAAAUAAAAGUACACAACAUUUCGUCAGGGUACAUGUGACAGGAGUUGGGAGAAAUUAAUUGUAAGGUCACACACUGAAACCUACUGUUGGACCACUCAAGUCACGUGGUAGUCAUAGCAAGCUUAUUAUGUAAUUCUUUUUAGUCUUCUGAUAUAUAAAGUGCUAUUUAUCGCCGUAGUUUUACGCAUACACAUUGAUAAUGACAAUUUAGACAUUAGUUUGUGUAAUUGUAUCCUCAAAUUUUCAUUGCAUAAUCCCUGAAAGAGGUUAAAAUGACAGUUAAUGCGGUUUUCCAUACAA